CCUCCGGACUACAAGCUCCUUAGAGCCGCUGGAGGACGGUUGCUUGGUACUAUUAGCAAGCGGGAAGUAUGGCGGUGGCUCGCGCCGACACUACUUUGCCUCCCAGAGAAGGAUCAGUGGUCAAUUGGUCAGGGCAAGGCUUACAGAAAUUAAGUCCAAAUUUACCCUGUGAUGUUGAUAUUCAUACUUUGAUUUUGGAUAAAAAUCAGAUUAUUAAAUUGGAGAAUCUUGAGAAAUGCAGACAAUUAAUACAGUUGUCAGUGGCUAAUAAUCGGCUGGUGCGGAUGAUGGGUGUGGCAAAGCUGACCCACCUUCGGGUGUUAAAUUUGCCGCAUAACAGCAUUGGCUAUGUGGAAGGAUUAAAGGAAUUGAUACAUUUGGAAUGGCUGAAUUUAGCAGGAAAUAAUCUAAAGGUCAUGGAACAGAUCAGUUGUUGCACAGCUCUACAACACCUCGAUAUAUCAGACAAUAAUAUAUCUCAGUUGGGUGAUCUAUCUAAAUUAGUAUCACUGAAGACUAUGCUUUUACAUGGAAAUAUCAUCACCUGUCUUAGGAUGGCACCUGCUUAUCUACCGAGAAGUCUUGCUAUACUUUCUUUGGCAGAAAAUGAAAUUCGGGACUUAAAUGAGAUCUCUUUUUUGGCAUCCUUAACUGAAUUGGAACAGUUGUCAAUCAUGAACAAUCCUUGUGUGAUGGCAACACCUUCCAUUCCAGGGUUUGACUAUCGGCCGUUCAUUGUCAGUUGGUGUUUAAACCUCAGAGUCCUAGAUGGAUACGUGAUUUCUCAGAAAGAAAGUUUGAAAGCUGAAUGGCUGUACAGUCAAGGCAAAGGGAGAGCAUAUCGGCCUGGCCAGCACAUCCAGCUUGUCCAGUAUUUGGCCACAGUCUGUCCUCUCACUUCUACACUGGGUCUUCAAACAGCAGAGGAUGCCAAACUAGAGAAGAUUCUGAGCAAGCAGAGGUUUCACCAGAGGCAGCUGAUGAACCAAAGCCAAAAUGAAGAAUUGUCUACUCUUGCUCCCACUGAAACCAGGACCCCUCCUGCAUCUGAGCAUUCAAGUCUUGUUCAGGAUUGCCAGAUAGUCCAGGAAACUGAACCCAUCAUCCAAGUUAAUUCUUGGGUCGGGAUAAGCAGUAACGAUGACCCACUAUAUGGUGUUAAGAAUAACUUUUCAGCCUCUGUGCACGAUAGAAGAUAUUCUCGAAAUGACCUGCACCUAGAAGAUAUACAAACAGAUGAGGACAAGUUAAACUGCAGUCUUCUUUCUUCAGAAUCCACUUUUAUGCCAGUUGCAUCAGGGCUUUCUCCUGUAUCACCUACAGUUGAGCUAAGAUUACAAGGUAUUAACUUGGGUCUAGAAGAUGAUAUUGUUGCAGAUGAAUCUGUGAAAGGGCUGGAAAACCAAGACUUGGAAAAGGAAGAGGAAAAGGCUUUCUGGGCUGCGAAGGAGAAUUCUGUUCAAAUGAUGAAAAGUGCCAUUAGUACAGAGGUAAUUGAGGAAGUUGAGCUGUUAGCUACUCCUGAGCCAAUAGCAACUGUCUUGAAGGAUGACACUCAUGGUCUCACGCCUUUUCCUGAGUCAGUGGCACAGAGCAUCUCUCAUACACAGCCAGACACUGAAGAAACCAUGUCUCAAAGAGCUUCAGAGAAGCUUCCCUGCAGGGUUUUAACCCAGAGUUCCAGUGCUUUGAGACAAGAUAACGUUACCCUUCAGAAGUUGAACGAAGCAGCCACCAAGCUUCAAGCCUCUUGGCGGGGGUUUUAUGCCAGGAACUACAAUCCUCAAGCCAAAGAUGUGCGUUAUGAAAUACGACUGCGCAGAAUGCAAGAGCACAUUAUCUGCCUCACUGAGGAAAUAAGAAGGUUAAGAAAAGAGAGAGAUGAAGAACGUAUCAGAAAAGUUGUACAAGAAGAGGCUGUCAGAUUCCUUUGGAACCAGGUAAGGUCUCUACAAGCUUGGCAACACACAGUGGACCAACACCUGAGUUCCUGUCAUAGUGAUGCUGCUCCCAUGUCAAGUACUCUGGUGCCAUCCAAACAGUCAUUUUUUACACAAAGUCAGGAGACCUCUUUGGAUCAAAAUUCUGAUUGGUUCGUUGCUGCUGCUGCUGAAGUCCCUCAAGAGAAAUCCUUACCAGAAUUUCCAGACUCUGGAUUUCAUUCCUCAAUAACAGAGCAAGUUCCCUAUUUACAUGAUUCUUUGGAUUUUGAAAAAAGUUCCACAGAAGGAAGUGAAACUUCCAUUAUGGGCAAUUCCAUUGACACUGUCAAAUGCAACCAAGAGUCAAAUUUAGGGGAUGUUGUUGAAGAACAUGGUGAAUGGAGUAAGGAAAGCUCAAAUAACGAACAGGAUAGUAGUCUGCUUGAACAGUAUUUAACUUCAGUUCAACAGCUAGAUGAAGACGAGAUGACAAAUUUUCAUGAAGGUACAGGAGAUAGUAGGCUUGACAUGGCUCAGUCCCCUGAAAAGCGAGAUGCUUUGUCUGUCAGUGCUUCUUUAGAUGGUACUCAUGAUACUGCCUUGCAAAAUGAAAUCAAUCAGACACCAGAGAAAUGUGAAUUAAGUACUGAAGUUCAAGAGCAGCAGUCAGAAUGUGAUUCUGAACUUCAGGUGUUACAUGUUGGUAUUCCUGUGUAGCAUGUCUGUUUGGGGAAAAAAAAUUCAUUUAACUUUUCUUAAAAUAUUUUCAGUGUCCUUCUGUAUAUAUAUAUUUUUUUUGGGGGGAAGGGAAAUACCCCCCUCCCAAUUUGUUACUGUUUAUAUAAUAUUUGUAUUCUUGCCUCAUAUUUUCCAUAUUCCAGAUAGCUGAAUCUUCAUUUUGAUUUGUUAACUUUUUACUUAGCUGUAAUGUAUCAAAUACUAUUUAUAUAAAUACUAUAUGCACUUUAUUUCUUAAUGACUGAAUUGUAUCAACAGUGUUUGUUUUUUACUAAUAUUCUUUAAAAAUAAACUAGAAUGUUUUACUUUAGAGAUAUAAAUAGUAUAGUUAAAUUUUUUUAUUAAUGAGUUAGUAGUGGUUUACAGGACUAUAGGAUGUAGUUCCACACCCUACCCUCAGUAAUAACCCAAAAGUUCUGUAAUUGUGAUUCUUCUAUAUAUGAGGAAAUUAAAGAAUGCAACUUGUUAAAUUGAAUAUGAGUUACAAAUAUGAGGAUUGAGUUAUUAAUAUUUGCCAGUUUCCUUAAAGUAAGUACAUAAUCUUUUUUUCUGUUUUUAAGUUAAAAUAAAAAGAAAAAAUGCAAGUAGGGAACAAAGGCUAAGAGUAGAAUUUUUCAGUGGGAAUAAUUGAAAACUUUAGUUAAUGCUAUGCACCUGUUUUAACAUAUGAAGGGGUUGUUCCAUCCAGAGCACUACUUAUAUAAAAAGACAACACAAGAAUAUUUUUCUUAUAUUAUAAAUAAGGUAGAUUCUAGACUCCAUUUACUUGGGGUAAUGUCACUACAAGCAUUUAUUCUCUCUUCAUUUAUUACUUUUCUAUGUCACAAAUAAGCAUUUAUAUGCCAAUAUAUUGUUAGAAAUUAAUACAUAUUCAUCUCUUUCUGCUUUGCUAAUAUAUUUUAAUAGAUGGUCCAUGUCAUUUAAUUUUUAAUCUCUGCCUCAUAAUAAAAAAUAUUUAAAAGUAAUACUAGUGAUAGAAUAUUAAAAGAUUUUUUUAAAAAGGGUGCUUUUCUAUCAAAAGCUCUGAAAAAGUGCCACAUUUGAAAGACAAUUUAAUACUGGUUAAGAGAAGAUAAGCCUCUCUUGUUAGAAAGAGUAUAUAUCUGUCAUUUCAGGCAGAAAUAUUAAUGUUGUAUUUAUUAUACAUACAUUCACAAAUCAAAGAUAAUUUUUGGAAGCUUGAUAUUUUAAUCCUUGAGAAUGUUCUCAUAUCACUGAAUAGCACAUAUUGCAUUUUCCCCAAUCUAUGAACAUACACCUGUUUUAAAACUAUGGCAAUACUCAAGUGUUUUUUAAAUUUAGGUGCUAAAUAUCUGCUUGUUAUUCUGUUACAAUCACAAGGUCCCCUUCUUGGAAGAUAUAUAUUCUGAUCCUUUAAGAAUAAAGUCAAGGGUUUCCUGUUAUUCCUUGUUGAUGGUUAAGCAGAUGGUUAAGCAGUAUGGGUAAGAUUUUUUUUUUUUCUUAGUUUAUAAAUAUGUAGUACUCAGGUUGAGAAGACUUGGAUUUCAUUCUCAGAAAUCCAGUAUCUCUUGAAAAAGAAAUAUUCUCUUAUCUCUUGUAGACAAAGUAGCAAUUUUACAUUCAAAAGAAUUUUCCUGCUGGACCACACAACAGUUAAAAGAAUUUUCCUUAGUGAAGCAUGUGUAACACUAAAUGCAUAUGGAAAAAUAGAAUUUUAAACUUUCUGAAUAAUGCUAAUUAUCUUUUAUGAGUGAUUUUGAAUUUCUUCCUAAAUAUACCCUAUUUUUCUAUUUUACAGUUAAGUGCCUCAUUUGAUGCUCAUAGUUAGACAAAGAAAAACUACUUGCACUGAACUAGUACCAAAGUAUUGCUUCAUGGCACAUUAAUUUCUCAUAAAAAUUUCUGUUUAUGUUAUGGUUCAGUAUUACAUCAGCAAGGUUUUUUUCUGACAUUUUUUCCCUCUUAUAUUUUUUAAACCACAAAACACAACUAAAUUCUGAUUUUUAAAAAAAUUUUAAUUGAUUUGUAUUAUAUAGUAUUACCAAUACUGCAUGCAUUUCAGGAGUAUAGCAUCUUACCUCAGUACAUGUGUGUACCACACCACACCCACUACCAAAGUUCUAGAGCCAUUCACUACUGUCCAUUUGAACCUUUCUACCUGUCCUGCCCUUAUCCUUCCCCUAUUGUUAUCAUUUUUUUUGUGAUUAGAGUCUAUGGGCUUGUUUUGUUUGGUCUUUUUAUAAAUUAUUCUAAAUAUUCAUUUGCUAACAAAUUUCCUUUUUACUUUGGCUCUGCUAUUCUACUCCACAAAUAGUAUUCAACAUCUUUUAUUUUAAAAUUAGCAAAAUAUAAUGAUUAAUAUUCUGUUCUUCAUUUUUUUUUAACUUUUACUAGUGUUUCAAAGUGCAAGAAUGUUAAGUAGUCUCCUAUAAUAACUGCACAAAUUAUGUUGAAUGUAGAUAAAAUGCAAGCAAUGUAAAUUAGGAUGUAGGAAAUUUUAGUAUAGACUUAAUACAUUUUAGUAGGUUAACAAUACAAUUGUAAAAGAUUUAAUGUAACUAAGAUAUUCUGCUUUUAACACUGUGGGCUAUUGGUCUGGCUGAAGUGGAAUGAAUAGGUCUAGUAAAGUGGUGGGAGGUGAGUUUUAACAGUGUUUUUUCUAAUAGGAAAGAUUUAGUUUAGUUGUGCUACUUGAUAAUUGAAAUCAUAUCAGUUAUCUUGCUUUAUGGAAAAUUCAGCAUAUCAAUGAAGUAUUCCUGUAGAACUACAGAAUUAUGCCAAUUGAAAGCUAGAAGGAAUUUGAGAGAUUAUUCUAAUCUCUUUGUUUUAAAGAUGAAACUGAAAUGUACCAAGAGUUUAAAUGGUAUUCUGUUAUAAAUGCUAGUUACAGUAAAAAGCUGUCAAAGUGUAAAAGGUACUGUAUUUUAAAAUUUCAUUAUAUACUCUCUUAUUAAUCUGUAUAUUUAACAAAUUAGUAAGGGAGUUUGCAUAUUUUUUAUCCCCUCAGGAAAAAAAAUAAAAUUUCUAAGAGCUAAAAUUUUUUUAAAGACUUAUUUAUGAAGAAUGAUAGGACAGAGAAAGAAAAAGAACUAGAUUUCAUUGUACAUGUGCUGCUGGGGAUUGAUCUUGGGACCUCAUGCUUGAGAGUCCAAUGCUUUAUCCACUGCGCCACCUCCCAGACCACAGAGCUAUAUUUCUUCCAUUCACUAAAGACGAAGUUGUUUAUAGGGUAUAAUUUAAAAAAAAUUUUUAAUUAUCUUUAUUUAUUAGAUAGAGACAUAAAUUGAGAGGAGAGGUGAGAUAGGGAGAGAGACAGAGAGAUACCUGCAGCCCUGCUUCACCAUUCAUUAAGCUUUCCCCCCUGUAUAGGGGACUGGGGGCUUGAACUCCGGCUCUUUUUGCAUUAUAACAUCUGCACUUAACUAGGUGCACCACCACCUAGCUCUGGGUAUAAAUUUUUUUGUAGGGUAUAAUUUGUUUAGAACCCUUAGUUAAUUAUUCCAAGGAACUUGAUUUGAUUUAAUUGUUUAUUUUUAAUUUUCUUAUUUAUUUAUUUAUUUUUACCAGAGCAUACCCAGCUCUGGCUUAUGAUGGUGCUGGGGAUUGAACCUGGGACUUUUGGUCCUUCAGGUAUUUAAGUUUUUUGUUUUUUUUUUAAAGAUUUUAUUUAUUAGUGAGAAAGAUAGGAGGAGAAAGAGAAGGGGAUUGAACUUGGGACCUCCGGCUUGAGAGUCCAAUGCCUUGUCCACUGUGCCAUCUCCCGCAUCACUGAAGUAUUUUUUAAAGAGUAAAAGUAAGAAAAUUAGAUUUGGAAAAUAGUAGUAUAACAUGUUGCUGAAAGAUGUAAAAUUUCCUAGUGAAAUGUUGACUUUGAGUAUAUUUUAUCUUCAGUUUUAUAGAGCAACAGAUAGUGAAGUCUUUUUUUUUCUUAAGAUUUAUUUAUUGGUGAGAGGGAAAGAGAGAGAACCAGAGUUAUAUCACUCUGGCACAUGUGAUGCCAAGGAUUGAACUCAGGACCUUAUGCUUGCAAGUUCAAUGCUUUACCCAUCAGAUCACAUUGCAUCAUGUUCCAGGGUAUGAUAUUAUUGGUGUAUGGGGAUUGAACCUGGGAUGUUGGAACCUCAGGCAUGAGAAUCUCUUUGCAUAAACACUAGGCUGUCUCCCCCAGGCCUGAUUAUUAAAGGUAUUUUAUUUUAUUUUAUUUUAUUUUAUUUUAUUUUAUUUUAUUUUAUUUUAUUUUAUUUUAUUUUAUUUUAUUUACUAGAGCAUUGCUCAGCUCUGGCUUAUGGUGGUCCAGGGGAUUGAACUUGGGACUUUGGAGCCUUAGGCGCGAGAGUAUCUUUGAAUAACCAUUAUGCUAUCUACCCCUCACCCUUAAAGGUUUUUUUAAAAGGUGUAUUUAUUUGUUUAUUUAAUGAGAGAACAGAAGGAGUCUUGGCUCUACGCAGUGCUAGGGAUCAAAUUAGGGUUCAAGGUUUGCAAAGCAUGUGCUAGAUCUUAAAUUUUUAAGUCUCUUAGUGUACAGACAGCUCUAUAAUGACACCUAAUGCAAUAUACAAAUAUAGUUUGAUUUUAUACAUAGAAUUAUAAAAGACCUCAUAAUGUGCAUGUUUUGGGAAGAGUGUAUUUAGUCACAUAGUUGUUUGUAUAUAUAGCUGUCUUUAUCGUUGUUUAACAAUAUGCGUAACAUUUUGUGUAGAUUUCUUUUAUUUGUUUUGGAUUAUUUUAAGUAUUAUAGUAGGUAUUUUCCCACUGUCUACUUCGGACAAAUCUAGUUCCACAUUUUAUAAGCAUUUUCAGAAACAAAACUGGACUUAAAAUGAAAUAUCUUCCUUGUACUUUUGUGUGUGGGGGGCAAAUCCUUAGAAUUGGGUUUAUCGCAAUAAUAUAACAACAUCUUUGCUUGGAGAAUUGAGACGGUAAAAAAUAAAAACUAAAUGAGGUUUUAAAAAGUGUUUUAUUUAUUUAUUUUGGAUAGAGACAGAAAUUGAGAGGGAAGGGGGAAGUAAAGAGGGUGACACGGAGAGAGACCUGAAGCAUUGCUUCACUGCUUGUGUAGCUUCCCCACUAUGAUGGGGAUGGGGAAUUGAACCGACCGUAAUGUGUGCACGCCGACACCUGGCUCCUUAACAAAAUGAGGUUUACCAGUUUUCUAUUUGUAAUUUUUUAUUAAAUUUUUAAAAUUUAUUUUCCCUCUUGUUGCCCUUGUUUUUUAUUGUUGUUGUAGUUAUUGUUGUUAUUGAUGUCGUCGUUGUUAGAUAGGACAGAGAAAAAUGGAAAGAGGAGGGGAAGACAGAGAGGAGGAGAGAAAGAUAGACACCUGCAGACCUGCUUCACCACCUGUGAAGCGGCUCUGGGGAGCCGGGGCCUCCAACUGGGAUCCUUACCCCGGUUCUACAUGCGCGCAACCUGCUGCGCUACCGCCCGACUCCUAUUUAUAAUUUAGAUGAAGAGGGUUAAUAUUUAUAGCUCACACCUAUCUCUGAGCUCCUUAUUCAUGAGAAGAAGAAAGAGUUUUUGUAAUGAGCAUUUGUAGGUCUUUAAAGAGUUUUUGUAAUGAGCAUUGUAGGCCUUUUUUUUUUUUUUUAUCCAAAAACACCAGUCAGCUCCCGUGGUAUCUGAGAUCAAAGCUGGAACCUCCUGCAUACAAGUCCUAUAUCUUGUUGCUGUGCUAUCUCCCCAACCACUAAGCGUUUUUAAUAUUGCUUUAACUUGUCAAAUCUAUUGUGCCAUAUUAAACUUGAAAGCCAAGUAAAAAAAGUUACCUUCAUUGUCUAGAAGAGAUAUAAUUAGCUUUUUUUUAAAAAAUGAGGUGUUUUUAGUUGGUGAAUAAACAAAAAUUGUAUUGAAUUUGAGUUUCAUAAUUGAUUUUAUUAGCUAACAGGAAUCACUAUAUAGUUACUUUGUUAAUUUUCUAGUAAAUGUCUUUGAAUAUUUUAUAAUAAUUUUAAUCUUAACAAGAGUUUUAAAUAAUUUAAUUUUUGGACUGUUUUUGGAUUUCUCCUUAAUUUUACUGUGGAACUAGAUCACUAUGUCUUCUGAAGGUCUAAUAGUUUAUAU